UCGGUCGUGGACGGCGGGUCCGUGUCGACGCCGCCCGGUAAAAACGCGUUUUCGUGAGUGCUCCGCUGCGGCGCGUGACAUGCGAGUGGCCGAGAGCGGCAACGAGUCAUCGCCGCCGCCGACGACGACGACGAGCCCGCUGCGAGGAUGGCUUGGCCGAACGUGGCAAUGGCGCUGCUGCUUGCCGUGGCAGGCUGCUCAGGCUACAAGCCGCGCCUAAGCCCGGACAGCCCAGAGAUCGUGAUCAGCGAAGGGGAUGAGUUGGUCAUCAAUUGUACGAGCAGGAGCAACUUCAAGCUCGUUUUUCCCGAGACCAAGCCGAGAGAGCACAUAACGACGUCCGAGCACGAAAUACGCCACGAGAGCUACGGCGGCGAGUACGUGAAAAGAAAAUUUCUGCGGAGAAGUACUGUUUUCGGCGACACCGGCUGGUACGGUUGCGUGGACGAGGACGCCGAUGAGAAUAACCCGGGGCAAUUCGGCGAUCCGAACGCCAGCUGGAUCUACGUUUACGUGAAAACUUCCAACGCCUCGUUCGUGUCGGAAAACGAGUCGCGAUCGAUCGUGGCCACCACUGGAGACAGCGUCGUGCUGCCAUGUCGGCCGACUUCACCCGAAGUACACGUAGACCUCGAGUUCAACUACGCGCCAGUGGAAAUGGACGACAGAGUGUCGUUCGAUCCCAGAAAAGGCUUCGUCAUGAAAAAUAUGCGAGCGAUGGACAGCGGAUUCUACAGUUGCAUAAUCAGAACCACCGAGGACGACGACGACGACGAUAAUAUGGAAAUUGAUAUUUCGGUGAAAAUAGUGCACAAGAAACUGCUACCCGAUCCGGUGAUAUCCAAGGAUAACUUGCACCACGUAACCGCUGGCUCCGAACUGAACGUCGUCUGCAAAGCCGAAGUGCCUUCGGAUUCGACGCAUGCCUUCCUUUGGGUCACUCCAAGCCAAGUUGAUCCGGCCCUCAGAAAAGAAUAUCAGUUGAACGCCACUAAAAUAGAUCAGCACAUGAAACUGGUAACGGGUGUGCUCAGCAUCAAGAGUGUAACUUUCGACGACGAAGGAGAGUAUUACUGCAAAGUACAAACGUUAAACAAUAUCAUAGAAACGCACAUGUACAUCAACAUCUACGAUCCUCAAGUGACGUACCUUAAUUUAACAGCCUACGAUCCGUAUACUCACUAUCAAGUCGAUGACGGUAACCCUGUGAAAUUCUUUGCUCUCGUCGAUGGAUUUCCACAACCAAGUGUAGUAUGGACGAGGGUGCCGCUUGAUUAUGACUUCUCGCAAGGCUAUCAGAAUUCAUCUGUCAUUACUUCGAAAGAUGUUGGCUUUGAUAUACAAACGACAAAGUCGUCUUCCAUACUGAAGAUCAAUCAAGUGUCAAGGCAGGAUGCAGGCAUUUACGUUGCCGUGGCGUCCAACGAUGCCAACAUAACGAAAUAUUUGCACUUCACUUUGGAAGUUCGAGGCCAACCAUCCACGAUGCUGAAUAAUAUCGAUAACGUGCAGUUUUACAGCGUCAAUCAGACGGCCAAUUUUUCUUGCAUUGCUUAUAACAAUCCUCCUGCGGAUGUGAAAUUCAUUUAUUAUAAAUGUCCUCAUUAUCCAGACCUGGACAAUUGCCAAACAGUCGAAAUAGUGUCCAGCGUCAUACAAGAUACUAAAACAAAAAAAGAAAUACAAGUGCAGUUUCAAGCAGAAAUGGCAGGGAAAGUGAGUUGCAAUGCGUGUAACUCUAUUAACUGCGACUUAUCAGAAUCAGAGUUUCUUGUCACUGAUGGAGUGCCUAAUCAGAUGUUGGGCAUUGUGACUAAUUUAGAUAUGGUAACUGCGAAUGACAAUGUUACGCUUACAUGUAUGGCUCCGAUUUACAAUUCCUCAAUGGUUAAAUGGAUGGAUAAAAACAACGAACCUAUUCCCGAAACAGAUAGAAUACAAAUUAUUCUUACAAAUACAACUUUUACUCGGCGCGCUAUAUUACAAAUAAAGGAUGUCCACAAAGCAGAUGAAGGCGAUUACUUUUGUAUUUCGUUUAGUACGGAUAACAAUCAAGAUACGACAAUAGUUUAUCCUCUCAUUGUGAACGACCCCAUGGAACCACGUAUCAAAGCAACGAACAUGAAUGGAUCUGAAAUUGAACUUACAGUUGAUGAAGCGCAUAACAUUCGAUUAACGUGUUAUGUAGAGGGCAAACCAUACCCCGAGACUAAGUGGUACAAAGAUGAUCAACCAAUAAAAUCGGAUGGACAACAAUUUAUCAUCGUGGGAAAGAAUGAAGAAUUAAUAAUAAAUUAUUUAAUGGAUGGCGAUAGUGGGGAAUAUUCGUGUAUUGCCGAAAAUAGAGUUAACAAAGUUAAAACAUUUCAAAAAUUUUUAGUGAAAGGUCCUGAAAUCUCCAUUGUUUGGAUUAUCGCGAUGUUAGUUUUGUUGAUUCUACUUAUCAUUUUGUUAAUUUAUUUCUGUAUCAAAAUCCGACGCGAAAAGAGAAUGAGAAAGCAACUGAUCGAAGCCGGUUUGAUGCAUUUCGAGGAAGGAGCUCUGGAUUGCAUCAACCCGGACUUAACCGUAGACGACCAAGCAGAUCUCUUGCCGUACGAUAGAAAGUGGGAAUUUCCAAGAAACAAAUUGAAAUUGGGGAGGCAGCUUGGAAGUGGAGCAUUUGGUGUUGUCAUGAAAGCAGAGGCUCGUGGUAUACUCGCUGACGAAUCUAUCACCACCGUGGCAGUGAAGAUGGUUCACAGAAACGCCGAACCAGCUUACAUUCGUGCUUUGGCUAGCGAAUUGAAAAUCAUGGUGCAUUUGGGAAAGCACCUGAAUGUUGUGAAUCUCCUUGGUGCUUGCACCAAUAAUAUCGCUAAACGCGAGCUACUGGUGAUUGUUGAAUACUGCCGCUACGGUAAUUUGCAUAAUUACCUGUUACGUCAUCGAGAAGACUUUAUUAACCAGAUCGACCCAGAGACUGGGAGGAUCGACCCAGUUAUCGGCAAUGAAUUCCUUAUUAAAUCUACGAAUGCUGACAGUAAUAAUAGGUUAAAAUACGCAGCAUUGUCGUUUUCCCGUAGUCUAAGCAGCGCUUCGGAUCAUCGCUCCGCACCCGGCAUCGAGACUGUGAUCUACACGACCGAAACGCAAGAUAUUACAGGUCUUCCUGAGGCCGGUGUUAACAGUAACGGUUCCCAGCCUGGAUGGAGAUCCAACUAUCGUGGCGAUUACAAGGAUGGCAAUUUGAAACCUAUCUGUACGCAAGAUUUGCUUUCCUGGGCGUUCCAGGUUGCACGUGGCAUGGAGUACUUAUGCCAAAGAAAAGUUUUACACGGUGAUCUAGCCGCGAGAAACAUUCUUCUGGCAGAGAACAACGUAGUAAAGAUAUGCGACUUUGGCCUGGCCAAGACAAUGUACAAAGACGACAAUUACCAAAAGAAGGGUGAUAGUCCAGUUCCAAUCAAGUGGAUGGCCGUCGAAUCUAUACGCGACAGAGUAUUCUCUACGCAGUCGGAUAUCUGGUCGUUCGGCAUUGUUUUGUGGGAGUUCUUCACUCUCGCGGAAACUCCUUAUCCCGGUAUGACCGCUGAGACGCAGUACCAAAGACUCAUCGAGGGUUAUCGUAUGGAGCAGCCCAAAUAUGCUACUAAAGAUCUGUAUAAUAUCAUGCUGCAGUGUUGGAAGGCAAAACCAACAUUGAGACCGUCUUUCUCUGAGCUGGUUGAGGACAUUGGGGAGCUCUUGGAAGAGGGCGUGAAAAAGCAUUACGUGGAGUUGAAUUCUCUGUACAUCGAUACGAUCGACGAGAAACACGACUACUUGCAAAUGAUGUCGUCUCCAGAUCAUGCCGCUCUCGCCAGUCCUCAGCACGAUUACAUCAACUGUCCAAUUGUUACUUCUCCUAGUCCCCUUGACGAAUCUGGCAUUUUCAGCCCGCGCCCGAACACUCAAGAGAACUCGCGCUUUCAAUUCCCAAGCUCCGCGACUGCGAAAAUUGCCAACACGAAUAAUUCCGAUGGAGAAGAUUCUCCGAUGCUGAAAAAGCUGAAAGAAGAACCCGAAUUAGACGAAGAUAAUUAUCUAAAGCCCAUCGACGUGCAAAAGAAACGCGACGAAUUUACGAGGAAACGCGAAGCUGAAAAGCGAAAAAGCGAAGAACGGAACGCUAGAGUAUCGACUGACAGAGAUUCGGGAUACUGUAAUACUCCGAAAGCGUUGGAGCUAGUCGACGUCAAAAUGGAAGCUCCAAAUUAUCGCAACUUAGACGAAGUCGAUGUGCCGAUGGCUAUUCUGAAAACGCCGGAUGAAAAGUACAGUUGGCAGCAGCGCAGCGUAGCGCCCGAAAGCUUUAUGAAUCCUAGCUACGCUUAUUUUAAUUCCAACAAGAAGCUGAAUCAAGAGACAGUUUGAGAUAAGUGAACGGAAGAAAGCGUCGCUUUUGCGCCCGAUGCUUUUCUCUCUUUCGCGCGAGUGUUUUCGCAUUUAUGCGCGCAUAGCGGUCAGUGUGAUUAAUGUCUCUGUGAAUCACGUAAUAAUGAACAGAAAAAAAGGACCGCGAAAUACUUAACGGAAUAGCGGUCUUCAAGAUAACAUACAAUCUGUACUUUGACGUACUGAGAUGAACUUUGCUUUAGUUUAAGUGCCAUUUUCCAUUCAUGACGUAUUACUUGUCAAAAAUCAGUGUUGAUUUUCAUUAUGUAAGUUUGCUGUGCGCUGCUGCUUUUUCAUUGCAUAUAAAUUAUUGUCUGCGUGUAUGUAUAUAUUAGUUACCUGUUUUAUGUACAAUGGAAUCGUGUGUGACAUCAAUUGUUUAUAGAGCUCAUUAUCUAGUACACGUUUUAUUUUCCAAUACACAAAUUUCGACUCAUGGAUAACUGAUUCAAUUUACAUAUGAUUUUUAGUUUAUUUAAAUUUAAGAAUACUCAAUAAUAAUUUGCUAUUGCUUAUGCAAAAUUUAUAUAUUUUAUGCGGUAAUUGGCAAUCAGAAACAUAAAUUUAAGUUUAUUUACUUUCAUACAAGAUCUCGCUUUGAAUAACUUUAUAUAUGUGGAUUGUGAAUAAGUAAAAUAAGUGUUAUGAAUAUUUCAAUGAAAACACUUCGAUUAAUGUUUAAAAAAACUUUAUUAUUCCGUGUUUUGCAUUUGCAUAUGUACUUAAGUAGAUUUUAUAAUGGGAAAAUUUUCUACGUGUAUUAAAUAUACAUGUUUUAAAAAAAAUUUACUAUUUUACAUUGUUAAAUGUAUAUUUUUAUUGAUAACGUCUAAACGAUCAAACUUUCAGCCACUACUGUAGAUACUUUUUAA